UUCAAAAACAAACCAAGAGCUGAGACGGAUUGACGGAGAGUGAAAGACAGAGAAACUCAAGAGGGAAAGAAAGAUUGAUCAGGAGGACAGACAGAGAAAACUGUGUUAAUAAAGGGAGAGAACUUCGAGGUGGAGAGUAAAGGACAGUGAUAAUUCACAAUGUUUGCCAGCAACUUGUGUUUGGUAUUUCUGAUCUGGUGCCAGGUUUUAAAUCUUCCAGCAGCAGCGAAUGAAGAGUCUCCAGCUGACGAUGUGAUAACUCUCAGGAGUGGGACAUUGUCAGCUGCCCCCAGUGACAGACCCGCCGAUCAUUCACCAGGAGCUGAUUGGGAAACUAAGGUUAAAGGAGCUACUUCAAGUGGACAAGGAACUGCUUCAGGUUAUCGAUUUCACCAGGAAAAGCUACUUGAAGAAUUGAAGGAUUACAAGUUUGUAUUCCCAGAUGUUUUAGCAGGGAAACAGAAACGCAGUGUAACCCUGCUGCCUCAGGGAAGCUAUCCAAACCACAUCAGCAUGUCGGUGAAGAUAGAGGGAAAGGACUUCACGCUGGAUCUCAGCAGAAAUAGCUUCCUCUUGCCCAUAGGGUUCCAGGUUUCAUACUAUGAUUCAAACGGGACUCUGGUGACAGAGAACAACACUAAACUGUAUCACUGCUACUACGAAGGUUCUGUCAGAAGAUUUCCAGGAUCCCAGGUCUCUGCCAGCACCUGCUCCGGACUCAGUGCCCUGAUUGUUUUCAGUAAUCGAACUUACAUCAUUGAGCAUCUUGAGGGGGAUAAAGAUGGACGCCAUUUGUUAUACAGACCUGAAGAUCUCCCCCCAGCACCCAGCAGCUGUGGAGUCAAAAAUGCCCCCCCUGGGUUAACCCUGACUGAUCACCUUCAGCGUUCACAGAGGGUGAAAAGGGAUGUGAUGUCAGAGAUGAAGUAUGUCGAGAUGGUGGUUGUGACAGAUAAUAAAAUGUAUCAGAAUCUGGGGAAUAAUAGAGAUGUUGUGGUAAAUCGAGUGCUUAACAUUGGAAAUGCAGUGGACCUGUACUACAGACCAUUUAACCUUCGCAUUGCUCUGAUUGGAGUUGAGGUGUGGACCAGUGACCAAAUGACUGUCAGCAGGGAUGCUUCAGUUACCCUCGCAAACUUUCACCGCUGGAGACAAAAUGAACUUCUGCCAAGACUGCCCAAUGACAACACCCAAUUCAUCACAGGUGGCACUUUUAGCGGUGGCAUUGCAGGCUUGGCAAUGUUGCGCAGCAUAUGUUCAGACUGGUCUGAAGGAGUAAACCAGGACAGCCAGCCAACUUUUUUGGCAGUCGCUUCAACCCUUGCCCAUGAGUUGGGACACAACCUGGGAAUGUCACACGAUACCGCCCUACGGAAUUGUACCUGUCCAGAUGAGACUGCCGGCUGCAUCAUGAAAGAAGCAAUAGGUUUCACAUUCCCAACAAGCUUCAGCAGCUGCAGCCGAAGCGACCUCGAGCGUAGCCUUCUCGUAGGUGUAGGAGUCUGUCUCUCCAACUUGCCAGAUAUUGCCAAGCUCGUUGGGGGCCCUGAGUGUGGCAACCUGUACGUGGAGAGAAACGAGGAUUGUGACUGCGGCAUUCCUGGGGAAUGUUCGGACAUCUGCUGUGAACCAGCAACCUGUACAUUCAAACCUGGUGCACUAUGUUCAUCCACUGGCGCCUGCUGCGAAGAUUGUCAAAUACUUCCAGCUGGUACACUUUGUAGGCCUUCGAGGGGAGAAUGUGAUUUGCCAGAGUUCUGUAAAGGAGACACCUCAGACUGUCCCGAAAAUACAUAUCUUAAAGAUGGCUACUCAUGCAGCGAGGGAACCUUCUACUGUUACAGCGGGAUCUGUCAGUCCGCAGAUAAACAGUGUCAGGAUAUGUGGGGUGAGGGUGCAACGUCUGCUGGAGAGGUUUGUUACAAAUAUACGAAUAUACUAGGAAACGAAUUUGGGAACUGUGGCAAGGACAGCAAUAAUAAAUACGUAAAGUGUCGCACUGAGAAUAUUUAUUGCGGAAAAAUCCAGUGUCAGGGUGGAAACAUGACUCCACUCCGAGGGGGAUUCCUGAAUGUUUUGGUCACCAGCAUCAAUCUUAGGGGUAUAAAGUAUAAAUGCCGAGGAGCAUUUUCUUCUUUAACUGAUUCCAGCAUCCCAGACUUAACUCAACAAGGAACCAAGUGUGGAGUUGGCAAGGCCUGUUAUGAAACUAUGUGUCAGGAUGUAAAUGUGUUCAGAGUACGAAAUUGUGACGUCACCUGCAAUAGUAAAGGGGUCUGUAACAAUAAAAACCACUGUCACUGUCAGGAAGGUUGGGCUCCCCCAUUUUGUGCUGUCAGAGGAAUAGGUGGCAGCAUCGACAGUGGACCUAUGAAUGUCACAACACCAGCUACAUCGCCAGAGACAACAGUGACAGAGCUUCAGACAAAAGCUGAUGAGACUGUAGCUACAACGGAGAAAAGUACCACAAAAGAGAUUCAACAAGAGACUUCAGCUACAACGGAGAAAAGUACCACAAAAGAGAUUCAACAAGAGACUUCAGCUACAACGGAGAAAAGUACCACAAAAGAGAUUCAACAAGAGACUUCAGCUACAACGGAGAAAAGUACCACAAAAGAGAUUCAGCAAGAGACUUCAGGUUCAACUGCAUCACCUGAGGAAACCCUAACUGAUACAAGUAUCACAACAGAGCAAAGUACUGGAGAGACUCCAGAUAGACCCGAUUCAAAUAGUCUGGGCACUAAAAUCGUGGUGCCAGUUUUGACAAUGUCGAUUGUAUCUUACUUGAUCACAAAGAUGCUAAUGAAGGCGGGAAUAAUAUGCAGGAAAGAAAGCGCCACAUCUUCUGCCGAUCAGUUGACAUGCGAGACAAGCCAGUCUAAGUCUGACGGGCUGGACUUUACAGGUCGCUAUCUUCCUCGCCCCUCCACAGUAGAUGCUGGCACCUCCACGAGACAUCUGGCUUCAUAUCGGCACACUUCAGUCUGACAGCACGACCCAAUUCAGACAUCAACCAGCAAACUACAAUGACCUUAUCAAUUAUAAAUAUUUUCAUAUGUGUGUACCUGUUAUUAUAUCUCUGUUCUCUACAUUACCUUGUAUUAAAACUCUAGAAUGGAGUGGGGAAUGGUGCAGAUUAGAGACAAUUCAUUGAACCCAGUACUAUUUAUUCUGAUUGAGGUGCCAAACAUUAAUUACAAUCUUCCAAUCCUGUGGGUAACAACACACCUACUCCUGACAGUUUCACCUGGAUCUAAUUGUAGUGAAUAAACUGACCAAAUGAUAGCCAAGCUAAGCAUCACACCACAAGUAUUUAACAUUAGCAACAGUAAGGCUAAAAACAUAGCUUUUGAUUAAAAUCUACUAAUCCGUUUAGCUGAAACUGUGUACAGUCAAUGGAAAUGCCACGUCACUGCUUUAUGUUGCUUCAGUUAAAACAAUGUUAGAGCCGCUUAGUUUCAGUUUACGAUUUUGUAGAGAAAAGCAAUGUUGUAAUUAUUAUGAACUUAAAACACUGUUGCAUCCCUCUGUAAUGACAAUUUAAUGAUAAAUUUAAAUGAUAACCCUUC